CAUUGAUAGUACUGACAAGGAUGCUCAUAACAUGAAAGUUAAUAACUGCCGUGUUAAGCAUAACCCAGAUGUGAACGAAUUGAGUACACAAACACCCACCAAACACAUUGAAACAACAUCAAGCGCUGGUGAAUUUCCGGUUACAGAAAGCCCCAAGGAAACUACAGAAGAAACUGAUCAACACUCGAACACGACUACUGAAGAGAAUGUAGAGAAGAAAUCACUAUGGUACUUGUAUAUCGUGAUUCCUUUAGUCACCAUUUUCUUUGUUGUAUGUGUUGGUUUAAUAAUUUGGAGAUGGCUACAUCAAAGAAAGUGAAGUAAAGGAUGAUUCUCACAAAUGUCUUAUAACUUUGUUUGAUUAUUCCAAAUUGUUUCCAUGUAGUACUUCUUUAGAACACUUUCCAUAUCAUUAUUCAUUUCAAUAGUUUGAACAAUUUCUUUAUGGAAUUAUGUACAUUCUUAUGAUUGUUUACUUAACAACUUAUGUAAUCUUGUUGACAAAAUAUAGAAACUGGAU